AUGUUUUGUCGUUCCAAUCCAAGUAAACUGUGUAAAUUGUUGUGCAUAAAUUGUGCGAAUCGUUGCAAGAAAGAAAGCCUCUUGUUUCUCUUCUUAAUUGUGAUUAUCUUUUCAAUCCAAAAGAUUUCUCGUUAUACUUUUGAAGAUUCACGUCAGCUACUGCUAUGCGUCGACACGAAUAUUCCGGCAGUCACUCCGCCAUCAGCAGACGGCCUAAUCAUGACACCGAAUCUUCGCCCCAAUCAAUGGAAAUCAUUCAACGCCACUUCUAGUAACGAAACAAUCAAUCGACGGAUCUUCUUUCACGAGACGAGCGGUCGCAAUCAACUCAGUUUGCAACAAUGUUGCGCUGUGGAAUCGGCAGCCAAACACAAUCCCGAUCGGCCUGUCCAGCUCUUCAUCCGGCCAUUAAAAGACGGUUGCCUUGGUGACGGCCGACAAUCGUCUAGUCAUCCAUCGGCAUUGUUCCACAAUCCACCGUGGUUAGAUGUACUCUCACACUACCCUAACGUGGCAGCCAUCUUACUCAACGAAGAUCAUUAUUUCAGUGGCACACCGUUACAGGAUUGGUACAGGGCCGGGCAAUGGCUCGAGAGCCAGCACGAAGUCGCUCACCUGUCCGAUUACAUCCGCAUCCUGACGUUGUACAAAGGUGGUGGUUUAUAUUUAGACACAGACAUUCUAACUCUGAAACCGUACCAAGGUGACGUGUUCCGUAAUUGUUUGGUGUACGGCAGCAGCAGACUGGAAGUGUUUAGCAAUGGGGUGAUGCACCUGGAACGCGGCCACUGGCUGUCUGCUGAAAUCGUCCGAUUAUUGGCCGCCGAAUACGAUCCGGAAGCGUAUGCCUAUCACGGGCCGGCACUUGUGAGUGAAGUUAUGGGUAGGAUGUGCGGUGUAGUGGCGGGCAAUUCAAAAACCAAUCAAUGCGAAGACGUCAAACUUUUGUCCGAUCGAUUUUUUUAUCCGAUCGAGGCCCCGUUUUCCGACGCCAUCUUUAACGAGAAUGAAAACAAGACGGAUGUGAAAACGUUAAUUAAAAUACGAAAGGCUUACGGUCUUCAUUUAUGGAAUUCAUUGGCUUACGUUCAUGAACUAGUUCGUAUUGAUUCGAAUCAAAUUUUCUCGAUUCUCGCUCGACAGCAUUGUCCGCUAACUGUUUCGAGAGCCUCAGAUUUCCUAUCGUAG